AUGACAACAAAGAGGGCAAACGGAUCGCCAGGCCUGGGUUGUAGCGUUGAAGCACCAGCAGCGCCGGCGGAAGGUUCGAUACCUUCGACUUUAGCUCCCGAGCUACCUGCGGAGCCAAAUACUGAGCAGGUUGCGGACGUGCCAGCAGAACCCACAGCAGAGCUGCAGACGCUGUCAAACGGUGACGAUGCUGCUCCGCUACACCACCGAAAGACUACUAAGGAGCUUACUGAGGAGUUCAAAAACUUAAAUGUGGGGGUUCACUGCUUCAGCCAGAGCCUAGAAGUGCAGCUCUGGGCAAAAGUUGACGAAUACAACUCCUUCAAAGCGAAGUUAGAAGAGCAGGCGUGCGCAGCAGAACGCCAGAGGAGAAAGAACUGGCUACGAAAUGAACUCGAAGCCCAACUUGAGGAGCAGAGGCGACAAAAAGAAGCUGCAAAACUAGACGACCUCGAAUGCGCAAAGAAGAUGCAGCAGGACCUGGAACAAUGGAAGUUCGUCCUUGCCGAAUCCAAAGCAGAGCAGUUGCGGGAAAGUCGCGAAAUCCUUGAACAGGUUUCAAGGGACAUUGAAAUCGAGAAGCGGAUGGCGUUGAAAGCAAAGCAGCAAAAGGCUCGUGCCAUGCAGGAAAUCUUGGAGAAGGAGUUGGCUACGCAGUAUGCGCUGAAGAGAGAUGCUGCUGACCAAGCCCGAAAGGAAGCCAUGGAAAAGGAAGCUGCAGCCCGCAGGAAGGCGGAGCAAAUGAAAGUUCAUGAGUUCUUGAAAGUUCAACAAGAAGAAAAGGAAAGGAGAAAAAAGUUGGAAAAGGAGGAGCGCUACGAGAUACAGAGACAGCAGGAGCUCGAUGCAGAAGAGUACAAACGGAAGCAAGAGGUAGAGCUCCGCAGCAGGAGAGAACUCUGCAAGCGUCAGCAGGAGCUCCUCAUCCAGCAGAUGGAGGAACGAAAACUGAACAAGGAUAUUUUGGUAAGCCAGACGGAGAUGAAGCUUAACCGGCGCCUCCUUGAGGAAGUCAACGGCUAUCUGGCAAGCAAACAGCAACCACCGCAAGACUUCAGAUCCACCGAAUGCUAA